AUGCGGUUCCUCGCUGUUCUUUUAGUACCACUUGUUCUUGCCGAAAUAUGCCCCAUGGAGAAGCACGCCAUCUGCAACAGUGGACACUUGGCUUGCGUCUGCUCCGUCAUUCAAGAAGAUGAAGCCCCAGUUCCAGAAAUCUCUUGCAACGCUCUCAUUGCUAGAGACUUGGAGACUGGAAAUUUCCCAGUUGUGUCUGUUGAGUUCAACUUGAAAAAUUCUGCCGAAGCACUUGAAGAUUUCCCAGAAGAAGCCUUUAGAGACAAAAUAUCGUCUUCACUCCGCGUUGAUGAAGAAGAUAUCGUUAUUCUCCGUGCCAGUUGCUUAGGAGAGGAAGACAGUAUCACAAUUCAAUUUGUUAUUCAGAAGAAGGACACCAACUCGAGUGCGUUGCCAUUUGCUAUCGAAGAUCUUAUUGAUGCCGAAUCAAUCACAACCAGAAUGAAGGCCAUGGGACACCUUGAUCAGAUUGCCAAUCUUGAUGUUGAUACGAUCGAAUUCACUGAAGAGUUGGUCGAUUUGGAAUUCAACCCAAGCAACCUUGAGCUCAUUUUCAAGGCUAUCCUUCUCGGAUUAACUUUUGGAUUUUUCUUCUUCCUCGGUGUCUGGAAGUUGAUGAAAAAGGGUUACGAAUACACUGAUGAUCUUCAAAAGGCAUAA